AUGAUCAACACCGGACAUGAUGCACAUAUUUAUGAAAAUAAUGCCAGGGGUGACGUCACUCAGGUAGAAGCCAAUCAAGAGGCUCCCAGUGGUAUUCCCCACCUGGGAAGGUCCGUAAGACUCAAGAACGCUCACUGUGCUGGUAUUGGUGCUGGUGGUGGUGUUGCUGGUGGUGGUGCUGGUGAGGCAGUUGAAGCUCCUGAAUCAAGGGAGUACUUUCCAGAAACCUGGCUGUGGCAGAUGGUAGUCGUAGGUGAUGGUGGACAGACCAAAGAAGACCUCGAGUUACCAGACACCAUUACGGAGUGGGUGGGCGAAGCUGUUUGCACCCAUCCAGAAAAAGGUUUAGGCCUAAGUCCCUACGCAACAGUCACCACUUUCACCCCAUUCUUCCUGGAUCUAACGAUGCCAGCAACUGCAAGAAGAGGAGAAAACAUUCCAAUCAAGGUCUCGCUCUUCAAUUACCAGAAUGAGACGUUGCCGGUAACAGUUACUCUCCAAGAUAGCGGCAACUACACGGCUUCAACUAGAUCAGCAGACCUCUGCGUUAAGACCAACGACAAGGGCGUGGCAGAGUUCAUCGUGACGCCCUCUGCAGUUGGAGAUGUAAAUCUUACUUUCACGGCUGCUGUGAACAGACUGAAUACACAGUGCAGUAGUACCACGACCUUGGUGAAGAGUGAUACAGUCAUCAAGCCAUUGAUGGUCAAAUUUGAAGGCGUCAUGGAAGAAAAAGUGGCAAGCGACUACUUUUGCUUAGUGAAUGGCCAACCACAAGGUUCCUUUGACCCUUGGUCGAUCACGACCCCAAAAGGAAUUGUUCCAGACUCCCAAAGGAUUUUCGUCAGUGCCACGAAGGAUAUCAUGGGGCCGACGCUGGAAAACUUGGGGAGCUUAAUAGCCAUGCCUUACGGGUGCGGAGAACAGAACAUGCUUAAGUUUACAUCGAAUAUAUAUGUUCUUCAGUACCUGGAGGCCAUUGGGCAGCUGACUUCAACUAUGGAACAAGAUGCCAAGAGAUAUAUGAAGGCUGGAUACCAGCGCGAACUGACUUACAAGAGGAAAGACGGGUCCUACAGUGCUUUUGGCCAGAGCGAUCCAGAAGGAUCUACUUUAUUGACAGCCUUUGUCCUACGGUCUUUCGGCCAAGCUGCUGAAUAUAUCACUGUUGACGAGAACGAGCUGGAAGCGAGCAGUGACUGGCUGCUUGGACUCCAAGAUAAGGAUGGAUGCUUUCCUCUCAAGGGAGCUAUUCACAACAAGCGUCUCCUGGGAGGCAUUGAUGGCCAGUCCCUAGUGCCAAUGACAGCCUACGUCCUGAUAUCAAUGCUGGAAUCUGGAAAAGUCGACAACGCAACAGCAGUGACCAACGCCAUCAAAUGCAUCACAUCUACAACCAAAACUGACCCCUACACAAACGCCCUCGUAGGCUAUGCCCUGGCCCUCGCCUCUGACAGCCGAGCUAAGAGCAUCAUAGACCAGGCCAAGAACGCCCUGACGACUGACCCCGCCGCCCUUAAUCAGCCAACUCUCGUGGAGACGGCUGGAUAUACACUUCUGGCCAUGAUGAAGGUGGACCAGAAUGCCUAUGUAGGCGAGGCUUCAAAGCUUGCCAAGUUGAUCUCUAGCAACAGGAAUGGGCAGGGUGGUUUUGUGUCCACUCAGGACACCGUCAUAGGCCUACAAUCUUUAGCAACGUUCAGUGAGAAAUACCCGUCACCCAAAGGAUCCAUGAACCUGGGAGUUACAGCAGGUAACCAGACACUCUCUUUCACACUGAACGAGGAGAAUCGUCUUCUACUGAACACUGAGUACAUCACCCAAUCUCCCCCCUUCAAUGUCACUCGAACAGCUACGGGUGAGGGCUGUGCUUUGGUCAUGCUUGUCCAGAGAUACAACGUCCCUGAACUGCAAGAGAGCAAUGCAUUCAGGCUGUCCGUAACGCCAAGUAAGGUGAGCUGCACAAAAUACGACAUGAAGGUUUGUGCCACUUAUCUCCUACAAGAUGGCAAAUCUAACAUGGCGGUCAUCGAGGUGGACCUUGAAACGGGAUACUCGGCUGUCAAGGCUGACCUCCAGAGUUUGGUUAAUCAGAGUCUUAUUAAACGUCAUGAGGAGAACGAUGGAGUGAUUUCUCUCUACCUGGAUGCCGUGACGUCAUCUGAGAAGUGUCUCGUUUUUGGCACCACGACAGAAACGAGAGUAGACAAUGCCUCACCGGGGACCGUUUCUGUUUAUGAUUACUACGAGCCCAAGGAAAAAGUCACUCAGAAAUACGUGACAGACAGACAAGGAUGUUGAAUUCAAGAUUCUAGAUAUGAUGGAAGACUCUAGAUGUUGUGAACUGGUUAUCAACUAUUCUAGAAGACAGGUGGCUGGAAUCUAUUCAUGGAAACUUGUUGUUAAUGUUUGUGUGAUUUGGCUGAGACUAGAUCUGCAUAUUUUUCAUAUUUUCUUAAGCACUUUAACCUGGUGUUGAAAACUGAUAACUUAAACAGUUCUGUCAUAUAAUCUUUCAUAUACAUGAUUACAUAGGAGAAAUUAGUUAGGAAUAGAUAAAUUAAAUUUCAGCUCCACAAUCACUGCAAAGUUUCUUCAAAGUUUAGCAAACUAAAUCAUUGAGGCUUUAUUAUAUGGAAGGAUAUAAAUAGCACGUUCUUUGGGUUGUAAUUAAUGUCAAAGUUCACUGUACUUUUGUUUCUGAAAAGUAAAAAAAAUCGAAAUAAAUAUCACGUGAGGAAUUCAUCUUACUGAUUAUAUGUCUCAUGUGCAAUGUUUGUUAUAUUGUUUUCGUAAAAGUGUAUUGCAGAU